AUAAUUUCUAUAAUGUUAUUGUGUUUGACAUAACAGUAAUAUUAAUUAAUUUAUACAAUUAAUUGAUAUAAUUAUACAAAGAUAUGUUGUCAACCAAACAAUCGCUGAAUUUUCACAAACUUUUUUGGUCUCAAACCAAGACAUUAGUUGCACUUAAAAGCAGACAUUCAUCUAAUGGACAACAAUAUCAAUAUCUUGAAAGAAGUUCUUUGCCGACAAACAAAUUUCAGGCAUCACUACCUCGUCUACCGGUUCCCGAUUUGACCAAAACAUGUCAACGUUAUGUCGAAGCUCUUAGACCUAUCAUUUCUGACGAAAAUAUGUUAAACAAAACCCAAAGAUUGGUUAAAGAGUUURAAACAACUGAUGGUCAGACACUUCAUUCGUUAUUAACUCAAGAAAACAAUAACAAUAAGAAUACCAGUUAUAUAUCAAAGCCGUGGUUUGAAUACUAUCUGAAAUCACGAACUCCUUUACCAUUGAAUUACAAUCCAUUCCUCGCGUGGAAAGACGAUCCAAGACUUGAAUAUAACAAUCAAUUGUUGCGGACGUCAAACAUCAUUAUAAGUGCAAUACGUUUUCGGCGAUCACUUGUCGAUGAACUACUUAAACCCGAAGUUUUUCAUUUAAAUCCAAUCAAAAGUGAUACAAAAUUAUACAAAAAUGUCUUGAAGUUGACUCCAAAACCAAUUGCAUCAUAUGUUUCAUUUGCAUUUAAAGCAUUUCCUUUAGAUAUGAGUCAAUUUUCGUCAUUAUUCUCAUCGACAAGAAUACCAUUAGAAGGUAUGGAUGAGUUGAAAGUUUUUCCUAAUUCAAGACAUAUUGCUGUCAUUAAAAAGGGACAGUUUUUUAUAUUUGAUGUCAUCGAUUCAAAUGGUAAUCUUAGAGACUCAUCAGAUAUCAUAACUUGUGUUAAGCAUAUCAUUGAUAUACCGGUCGAUGAAAAUGAAGACUCCGUAACUUUAUUAUCGACUGAAGACCGCAAUGUUUGGGCCAAAGCCAGGAGAGGAUUGGUUAACUCGAGCGCUAAAAAUAAUGAAAAUCUAGAAUUAAUAGAUUCGGCACUUUUUGUGGUUUGUUUAGAUGAUGUCAGUCUUGGAGAGCGAACUAAAGAAAACGAGAUACGUAUUGCUCAUAACUUUCUUCACGGAUGUGUUGACAAAAACAGAAAUUAUGUCAAUCGUUGGUUUGAUAAGUCUUUUUCUAUUUUAAUGACAAGUGAUGGUCGACCGGCUAUUAAUUUUGAGCACAGUUGGGGCGAUGGUGUGGCUGUUCUUCGUUUCUUUAAUGAUAUAUAUAACGAAACUACGAAAAACCCUUUCUUGCAUCCAAAUAGUCCACUAAAUUCAAGCCUUGAUGUCAUUAAAGAAGUUAAGAAAUUGACUUUUAAAUUAAGCGAUGAAACGAAAUCUGCAGUCAAAUCGGCUAAAAUUAAUUUUAUCAAAAAUACUGAAAAUCUUGAAAUUGAUUUUACAAGAUAUGAGAAAAUGAAUAGAGAGUACUUCAAGAGGAAAAAACUUAGUCCGGACUCUAUGUUUCAGUUGGGAUUUCAGAUGGCUUUCCAUCAAUUGUACAACACUUUUGUGGCAACUUAUGAGUCGUGUUCUACUUCGGCCUUCAAACACGGCAGGACUGAAACCAUUAGAUCGUCAACAAUGGCCACCAAAGAAGCAUCGCUUGCUUUUUCUCAUCAAUCAAAACUAAGUGAUGCAGACUUAAGAAAAUUAUUGGACGAUUGCUCUAAAAAACACUUUGAGUUGACAAAAGAGGCUGCAAUGGGUCAGGGAUUUGAUAGACAUUUGUUUGCUAUGAAAUAUUUGGCUCAAAAGACUGGGAAACCAAUUCCUCAAUUAUAUUUAGACCAAAGCUAUUCCAUUGCCAAUCACUUUAUACUAUCGACGUCUACUCUUUAUGGUGAAUGUUUCGCUGCGGGAGGAUUCGGGCCAGUAGUUACCGACGGGUUUGGAUGCGGUUAUGGAUAUGCCGAUAAUAUUUUAGGGAUUAUAGUCUCAUCGUAUACUCCUCAUAAAAAUAGCAAACAAUUUGUUGAUGCAUUUUGUCAAUCACUCGAUAAAAUACAUAAUGUUUUA